AUGGGGGGUACACAAGACUCCCUCCAGCCUCCCAUUCCAGCAAACACCUCCAAUAUUCUUGCCGAUAGACCGGUACUGCAUGCUACUCUCGAAGAUUAUGGUCCAGUGGUUGAGAACCUGAAAAAGCCAUUUGUUUUCCCAUCCCAAGCCUCUGAGCGGCCACGAUCACAAAAGCGUCCUCCUCCAGAUUGGUUACUCUAUGGUCCUAGACGUCGUUCGACCAAGGUCGAAUUACCAGCGCGUCGUGAAGGGCCUAAUUACGGUUUCGACCUGGGAACCUACAACCCACGAACACCAAGUUCCAGCUUUGCAGGAAGGUCGUUUACAGGGCAUCCCAGAGACAAGGCAAUGUUCCGACCUGGGCGAAUUCCUCACAUGUUUUCACCAGACCUGAGCCCAACUGAAAUUCGUCGAUGGGAGCGUGAACGAAGAAAAUCUAUUUUCGAUUACGGGUCUGGCAAUACCAAUAUCGAUCUCCGAGCAAUGUUCGCAGAGAGUCGGGUUGAUAGGCUUCGACAGGAAUACGCUGAAAACCCGAUCCUAACACCACCUGAGAAGAAACUUCGGAUCGAUCCUGAUCUAGAAGUCGCACGUUUACGCAGACCUAUUAUUGGAGGCUCUGGACAGCGUAAUCCUUGGGAUGGUUACAUCUUAGAGCAUAAGCGUUCAUUAACCCGCGAUCCUUUUCGCAAACGUCGAGAUGCAGACGGCGAGGGUUCAGAACCUAAGCGUUCUCGUUUCAAUGGGGAUGGUACAGACGCAGACUCUCCUCGAACGCCAGUACGAGGGCCAAUCCCAGGUGCAUGGCCAGAAGAAGAUCCCGGCGUUGAGCCAAGUGCUCUUCAACGGAAAAUCGUCCUCGCUACAGGUUCUAUUUAUGUUCAAAUCCGUCGGAUCACUGGCCUCGUUCGACGUGCUCAUCGAGCUGUAAAGCAGGGCAUCAGAGCCAGUACCCGCUUUGCCGUUACUGUUGGAGAACGCAUUAGAGAGACUCGACAGAUACAGGAUGUCGAAGGACCGCCAGAUAUCAUUAUGGCCACCGAUGAUGAUGCGUUAGCUGCCAAUGAUCAAUUGCAGACUGAUAUGGAUGCGGGUGUCCCUUCCGAUUACCUUGAUAUGACAGACUCCGCCGAUAAUUCUUCUGCUCAAUUGCAAUCCGAGCUUCUUGAUCAUACUUCUCGCUUGUCUACACGUACUGCCACUGCUGCACAAACUACUGCGACCUCUGCUAACAUAAUGGUUCUAGAUCACAUUACUCAAGACGAAGCCAUGUCGGACACAAGCGUCUCAGUUCCGGAGGUGCAUCCGGCUUCCACUCCUCAAAUUCAACCUGCAACUUCUACUGCUGAGGUGUCGACCACGUCCGUUACUGAGGAGCACUCUGAUGUGCCCUCCACUACUGAGGCUCAGCCCACGUCUGCUGCGGAGGUGCAAGAGGGGCCUACUUCCUCCAUGGUCCCAGCCUUGGAAAUGGACGACGAAUUCGAAAUGGAGGCGUUCCAACAGAUGAUUAUGCAAGAUGCUGGUCGCGACGACUCCUCAUUUCCUAGUCUUUCCGAUUCGAUCACUUGGCUUACACGCUUCGAGCAACCGGCAGCAGAGGGUGAUCCAGGAGCAAAUCUUGACGUGGAGGUCAACAAACCUGAAACCGCUCAGGAGCACGCCGAAGAAGCACAAGAGUCUUCUUCAGUUGUGGCACAGGAGUCCGCCACCGAUACUGUCCAGACCACUGUCGAGACCACUACUCAAAUUGAAGAGCAGACUGUCGAAGAAAUUCCUGGCCCUGUGACACCACCUCCACCACCAGCCGAAGAUGAAGAAAGGAUCAAAACUCCAGAAGAAGAAGAAGCAGCGUGGCUGGCUUAUAGAGCUCGACGACUUCCUUUUGAAUUAGCUGAUUCUCUCGAUGAGCUGGAAGACGCAGAGUAUGCGCAAAAGAUGCAUAUCUGGAGAAAGCACAACGGUCAAAAGAGAUCCAAGAAAGCCGAAGAACUACUUAGGGAGGAGCGAAGAAUAGAUGAAACAGCCGACCAACUUGCGGCUACCGCUCUCCAGACCCCAGCACCCCCGAAACGAGUGACAUGGAUAGAUGACGAUAUCGACUUUCGCUCUCCUUCUGCAGUUCAAUGGUUCGCAAGAGAAUCUCCACCUGCCCACGUCGGACUUCGUCUUCGUGGUGAACCCGCAUUCAGGCGUGGCUAUGAACAAUUCAACGCAAGUGUACAGCGAAGACAAGAAGAAUGGGAACGCAGAAAACAAAAAGAGCUCAUCCAAGAAAGACGUCAAUCCCUCAACCGCGUCGGUAUACCUGACGGAGAAAGUCCAGUCCGACCUUUGACGGCUGAAUGGGAACAACGCUUGGAUUCGGCAAUGUCUGGCCCAGCGAAUCGCGUCUUAGCAUCAACAGGAGAUGCAGAUCUUACGAAGCAAAAGCUCAAUACUUGCUACUCACCUUUGGCUUGGUUGAACGAUGAAGUUAUCAACGCCCAUCUGACAUACACUGUUGAACAUCUCCGCCGGAAGGCAAACAACCUUGCACGAAAUGUUACACCAAAAUACCACGCUUUCAACAGUUUCUUCUACAGUUCCUUACGUCGAAAUGGUUAUGCAGGUGUCCAGCGUUGGGCUCGACGCGGAAAGAUUGGCGGAAAAGACCUUUUGAACGUUGAAACUGUCUUCAUUCCCGUCCAUGAAGGUGCACAUUGGACUUUGCUCGUUGUCAGUCCCAAAAUGAGGACUAUUGAGUACUUUGACUCCCUUGGAGGAAUCCCAGAUUCGUUCGUACACAAUAUCAAGAUCUGGCUCAAGCAAGAACUGGGAGAUCUUUACAAGGAGUCUGAAUGGGUAUUUCUCGACACACCGUCGCCUCAACAAGACAACGGAAGUGAUUGCGGUGUGUUUCUUCUUACGACUGCCAAAGCUAUCGCCCUUGGCUUGAAACCAACCAUCUACGGGCCUGAGCAAAUUCCUCUUAUUAGAAAGAAGAUCGUUGCAGAGAUACUCAACGGAGGCCUCACUGGGGAUUUUGACCCCGUGGGGUCCUACAGAUUUGUACAAUUAUAG